ACGCGCUAUACGCCGUGGGCGCCGACAGCGUGGCGCUCCCUUUCGAAGGUUGGCCACGCCCACCGCCUCGAGAUCUUUGUGGCUGAAUAGGCGAGCACAAUGGGCCCACUACUUGCCGUGUUCUCCGACUGCGAGGUCUGUGCGAAGGGAAGCUUUCUUAAAUGCCGGGCUUCGUCGAAGUAAUGCGGAAAGUCGGCGGUCAUUGCGACCGAGUUCGGACGGCAAUCUUUUUUAUUUCGUGGCGUGAAUUCGCGACUGCCUCUAACAGGCACUGUGCUAGUCAAGCGAAAGUGUUGUUCUGACACCGAUGAGCUAAAAGCACCGUCUUGAAUGUGGACAACUUUCUGCCCUCGAUUCAACCUUGUAUCAAGCUGCGUCAGUUGUGGCAGCGAAAAACCAUCUUUGGACAAGAACUGUUAUCUGCCUCGCCGUUGCUUCCAGUGUUCACCGCCGUUGGAGUACACCACGUUUUGCGUUUAUCGAGGCGGCUACUGAGGUCACGGAGAUACCCGAAAAUGAUUCCGCAGAAGAGCAUCUGGCUAGUCUGGACGCUGUUGGUCAUCGCAACGGCGCUGGCAGCGACGCCAGCCCCCGUGUCAGUGUUCCCGGUUCCGAAUGAAGAGAGAGAAGCCGACCGAGAAUUCUGGAUUGAUCAGGGCCAUUCGGGGAUUGAGCAACGACUAAGGCUACUCCAAAACACACGCCGUGCUCGCCAGGUGGUUUUUUUUCUCGGCGAUGGCAUGGGUGUUUCCACGUUGACCGCGGCUCGGAUCUACAAGGGCCAGCGACUGCGGCGCACAAGCGGCGAGGAGAGUGCACUGGCGUGGGACACGUUUCCGCACGUGUCGCUAGCCACGACGUACGGCCUCGACGUGCAGACAUCGGACUCUGCGAACACGGCGACCGCCUAUCUUUCAGGCGUCAAAGCCAACUUCGAGACUUUAGGCGUGGACUCUACGGUGAAGAGGCUGCAGUGCCACAGUGAUCCGACCACCCACCUGCCGAGCAUCAUGAAUUGGGCGCAGGAGGCGGGCAUGUGGACGGGCAUUGUGACUACGACCAGAGUGACAGACGCGACACCCGCAGCGGCAUAUGCUCAUUCGGGCUACCGGAAAUGGCAGUCGUCCGUGCCCGAAGGUUGCAACGCUAAGGACAUCGCGCGCCAACUCAUACAGUCCACCCCGGGAUCCCGAUUCAAGGUGAUCAUGGGCGGUGGUCGAAGCGCGUUUCUAGACAAGGAGCUCCGAGAUGACGAGGACAGACCAGGAGAGCGGUCGGAUGGCCGUAACCUUAUCAAGGACUGGGUGGACGAGAAGAAGUCACACUCGGCGCACGUCAAGUACAUCUGGAACCGCAAGCAGCUUCAUGCUGUCAAUCCCAACAACACGGAAUAUCUCCUGGGUCUCUUCGACAGCGACCACCUUCCGUACUCGUACGAGCGGCGAAGCCUAAAAACCACCAAACCGAGCUUACCGGAGAUGACGAGAGUUGCACUGGAAAUUUUGCAAAGAUCACCGAAGGGAUUUAUUUUGCUUGUCGAAGGUGGCCGCAUCGACCAUGCGCACCAUACCACCCGUGCUGGCCUCGCUCUUGAAGAAAUGUUGGAGCUUGACCGGGCCGUGGACGACACGCUGGAGAAGUUCGGGGCCUCCGGGGACACGAUGGUCGUCGUGACGGCGGACCAUUCGCACACCUUCUCGUUCGGAGGUCUCAACACUCCUCGGGGAAAGAACAUUCUCGGCAUUGCUGGUCUGUCGGACAUGGACCAUCAGCCGCUCACCAUGACCGCAUACGGUAACGGCCCUAGCGUUGCGGUGGACCGGAGCAACAUGACUGAAUGGGAAACCUCGUCGAUGAACUACACGCAGCAGGCGGCAUUUCCGAAGAGGCUGGAGACACACGGCGGCGAGGACGUGGCUGUGUUCGCAAUCGGGCCCUGGGCCCACUUGUUCAGCGGUGUGCAUGACCAGACCUACAUCCCUCACGCCAUAGCGUACGCGGCCUGCAUCGGUCAAUUCCAUGAUAAGUGCCACACUGCAACUCCAGAGUUGAGGAGACGGUGAACGUGUGUGAAUGUGGACCAGGGAUAUACGAGCCAUGUGCGGACCAAAGCCGAGUCCACUGAGCGCACCUGCUUGACUGUGGUACAUCUUAGCGUCGAAAAGCAGUGCAUCGCCCUUUUAACCUAUCUUGCGGAUAUAAAGAGUCGCUGUUUAUUGUGA